AUGGCCGGAUCUACCAAGGCAUCGUUCCAGAGCAAGCGUAGCAUCGCCACCCGGUCCCAAAACGGAUGCUCCAAUUGUCGCCGCAGCAAAAAGAAAUGCGACGAGAAACAGCCAACAUGCACCCGCUGUUAUCAGAAGGACCUUGAAUGCACUCGAGACGCAUUCACUCUGAAGUGGGAGUCCGACUUCCAUGCUCGAGGACUCGCGUUUGGUCGUGCCGGGGUCUGGCGAAAAGAUGCCUCGAAAAAGCAGAAUGCAGAGAAUGGAAACCAUGAUACUACCAGACCGGCCAGUCUGGCCAUCCCGACCAUCAGCCACUGGAGCUUCCUCAAUACAGAUAGCUCAAGCUUGCAAGAUAUGAUGAGCCAACAUCCUUCCACGUCGAAGAUCAUCCUCAUGCCGGCCAGGAACGUGAAUGGCCCUCCCCACGCAUUCGAACGGCUACCAAGUAUCAGUCCAGCGCUCUCCGUUUCACCCACGGUGAGUAAUCUUGGACAGAGCUUCUUGUUUGACUACUACCUUCACCGGAUUUGUCCGCGGACUACGCCAAGCCCGGUCUCCCAGUCUCCCUUUGCAUCGGUGAUUCUGCCGUACUGUCUCACGGCUUCCCCCGUGGUAAUUAAGGCCCUCAUGGCCUUGGCGGCUUGUCACUGGGGUCAGCAAGACGUCCGCUAUGCCAUCCACGCCCUAAAGCUCAAAUCCCAGGUGGUCGCUGAGUUCCGACGCCGCAUCUCGAGCGACCGAGCCUUUCUUGUGUCUCCGGACCCCGAAGUUCUGGUUCUUAUCAUGCUUCUCUGUCUGUACGAAAUCGUCGAUCAUUGCGACCGACGAUGGAUCGUGCACCUCCAAGGCGCAAAGGACAUCAUUCGACUCCGGCGCCAGCACCAGUUGUCCGACACGCUGUUGGACCACAGAGACUCUGAUCCGGUAUCGGAGUUUGUUGAGCUGUUCUUCGCUUUUCAGGACGUGAUGGGCCGGACGGCCUGCGCGAAGGCGGACUUAUUCGGACCGAGCUACUGGCGUGCGGACGAUGCGACGAUCAAUGACUGGAUGGGCUGUAGUCCGGGCUUGGUGUCCAUUCUAUUUGCGAUCAUGGACCUGAGUCGUAGUCGACGAGAUAUGGUAUCGGCGUCGGAUGAGUUGACCUUUCGCGCCCGGGCCUCGAAUCUACAACGUCGGCUUGAGGCAUUGGUCCAGCAACCUGCGGGUGGUCGAGGAGAUGAGACUCUGUGCACGUGCGCCUUGCACGGUGCAAGACCGUCCGAGCCCGCAAUUAAAGCCACGGUCGAGAGGAUUCUCGAAGCGCUGUGGAGUCUCGUCGCGAAGGGCAGUGUCAGCCACGCCAUGUGGCCGCUCUUCGUGGCUGCUGUAGAGCUGGAUCCACUCGAUGAUGCGGUGCUUCGCGAUCCCAACACCGGCAUAGAAACCCAUGGGAGAAGACUUGUCCUGCAGUUAUUGUCGGAAAUGGCCAAGACCAGUGUCUCCAGUGUUUCCCGGACGCGUGCAGUCAUCGAGGGGGUCUGGCAGCGGCGGGACUUUCACCUGCAUAAUGCGCAAGACGGCAAGACUGGUCGCUUCUCUGACUUGAAUGACUGGGAGCGAUAUGUUGUGCCGGGAAGUGAUGCACUGAGUUUGGUGUGA